AGCCGGCGGAGGGGCUGACCCGGCGCAGAUUCCCGGGCAGGCUCCCAGGGACGCGAAGCAGGCUCCGGCCGGUCCGUUUCCUCUCCUCUCCUUCUCCCAUCACUCGCGCCCCUCGGCGAGCUCCGAGUCCCUCCCGGAGCCGGAGCGAGCUCUCCGCGCCACCGAGAAAUCUUCCCUGCGCUAAGCGAGCUCUGCUUUCCCCUGGCGCCAGAGAGGGGCACCAGCCCGGGCACUGAAGCCGGAGGCAUCUGCGCCCGGCGCCUUCGCCUCCCUCCCGCCCUGACUGGCAGCUCCUGGUACUGGAGGCGGGGGAGUGGCUCCCAUCGCGCCAGUAACUGGGAAGGAAAGCCCCCGGGGCAGGAGCGGGCGCUGGAGCAUCUGGAUGCUGGAGCCUCCCGCGUCCUGCCGCAGCUGAGAAUGGCAAGCGCCGCGAUGCUUCUAGCACUGCUGUGCCUCGUCGGGAAGAGCCUGCCGGUCUCAGGUUUCCCCACUGUUUCGCCUGAUCCCCCAAUUCUCAGCCCACAAAAAGACAUACUUAUCAUAACAGCAAAUUCAACUCUUCAAAUUACUUGCAGGGGUCAAAGAGAUUUGGACUGGCUAUGGCCCAACAAUCAGGGCAGUUCCGAUAAUCGAGUGAUGGUGACUGAUUGUUGGGACGGUCCCUUCUGUAAGACACUCACAAUUACAAAAGUGAUAGGAAAUGACACUGGAGCCUACAAGUGCCUGUACCGAGACAACGAUGUGAGCUCAAGCAUUUAUAUCUAUGUUCAAGAUUACAGGUCUCCAUUUAUUUCAUCAGUAAGUGAUCAGCACGGUGUCUUGUACAUCAAAGAAAACAAAAACAAAACCGUUGUAAUCCCAUGCCUCAGUUCCAUCUCAAAUCUCAAUGUGUCACUUUAUGCAAAGUAUCCAGAAAAGAGAUUUGUUCCCGAUGGUGAAAAGAUUUUCUGGGAUAGCAAGAAAGGUUUCAGUCUUCCCAGCUACAUGAUAAGUUACGCAGGCAUGGUCUUCUGUGAAGCAAAAAUCAACGAUGAAAGCUACCAGUCUCUCAUGUACAUCAUUGCGGUAGUUGGGUACAGGAUUUAUGAUCUGGCUCUGGAUCCCCCUCACAGCGUGGAACUGGCUGUUGGAGAAAAGCUUGUUCUGAACUGCACAGCAAGGACAGAACUCAAUGUGGGGAUUAAAUUUCAUUGGGAACAUCCUUCUUUGAAGUCUGAAAUACGGGAUUUGAAAACUCCAUUGGGCAGUGACGUUAAGAAGUUUUUAAGCACCUUGACUGUAGAGCAUGUAACCCGGAGUGAUCAGGGCUGGUACAUCUGUGAAGCAUCCAGUGGGCUGAUGACCAAGAAAAACAGCACAUAUGUCACUAUCCAUGAAAAGCCUUUUGUUGCCUUUCACAGUGGAAUGGAAUCUUUGGUGGAAGCCAAGUUGGGUGAACGGGUCAGAAUCCCUGUGAAAUACAUGGGCUAUCCCACCCCCGAAAUUAAGUGGUACAAAAAUGGAAAAGCCAUGGAAAGCAACCAUACAGUGAAAGUUGGCCAUGCUCUGACAAUUACAGAAGCAAGUGAAAAGGAUGCGGGAAAUUAUACCAUUCUCCUCAUCAAUCCCGUUACUAAGGCGAGACACAGCCACGUGGUCUCUCUGGUGGUGAAUGUUCCACCCCAGAUUGGUGAGAAAUCUCUGAUUGCCCCAGUGGAUUCCUACCAUUAUGGCUCAAUGCAAACCCUGACGUGUACUGUUUAUGCCGUCCCUCCACCACUCCACAUCCAUUGGUACUGGCAGCUGGAAGAAGCAUGCACUUACAACCCUGGUCAAUCUGGCUUAGUGACAGAGCCCUACGUCUGCAAGGAGUGGAAGAGCAUGGAGGAUCUCAGUGGGGGGAAUCCCAUCGAAAUAACCAAGAAUCAAUUUGUCAUGAUCGAUGAAAAAAACAAAACUGUAAGCACCCUGGUGGUUCAAGCUGCAAAUGUGUCAUCCCUGUACAAAUGUGAAGCUGUCAACAAAGUAGGACGCAGCGAGAGGAUUAUCUCCUUCCAUGUGACAAGGGGUCUUGAAAUUAACUUUCAACCUGGCAAUCAGCCCACCGAGCAGGAGAAUGUAUCUUUGGGGUGCACUGCAGAAAAAUCCACAUUCGAGAAUCUCACAUGGUACAAAAUCAGCCCGAGAGCUUCUCAGGAGCACCUGGGAGAGCUCCCCAUGCCCGUCUGCAAGAGCUUGGACGCCCUUGUGAAGAUGAAUGCCACAGUGAUCUCCAACAGCACAAGCGACAUUGUGACCCUGGAGCUGUGGAACGUCUCGCUGCAAGACCAGGGGGACUAUGUCUGCUUGGCUCAAGACAAGAAGACCAAGAAGAGACACUGCAUGGUUAAGCAUCUCACUGUGCAAGAGCGUGCAGCACCUAUGAUCACAGGAAGUGUGGAGAACCAGACAACCAACAUCGGUGAAACCCUUGAAGUUUCUUGCUCAGUUUCUGGAAUCCCUCCUCCACAGAUUACAUGGUUUAAAGAUAAUGAAACUCUUGUUGAGGACUCAGGAAUUGUAUUAAAAGAUGGGAACCAAAACCUAACUAUUCGCCGGGUACAGAAAGAAGAUGGAGGUCUCUACACCUGCCAAGCCUGUAAUGUCCUUGGAUGCGUGAAAGCGGAGACCCUCAUCAUGGUAGAAGGUGCUCAGGAAAAGACAAACCUGGAGCUCAUUAUUCUGGUUGGCACAGCAGUAAUUGCCAUGUUCUUUUGGCUGCUUCUUGUCAUCAUCCUCCGGACCAUUAAACGGGCCAAUGGAGGGGAACUAAAGACUGGAUACUUGUCCAUCAUCAUGGAUCCUGAUGAGCUCCCCUUGGAUGAGCACUGUGAGCGCCUUCCCUAUGAUGCUAGCAAGUGGGAAUUCCCCAGAGACCGGCUGAAGUUAGGUAAACCUCUUGGUCGUGGUGCCUUUGGCCAAGUAAUGGAGGCUGACGCUUUUGGAAUCGACAAGACAGCGACAUGUAGAACAGUCGCUGUCAAAAUGCUAAAAGAGGGGGCAACACAAAGUGAACAUCGGGCCCUCAUGUCUGAGCUAAAGAUCCUCAUUCAUAUUGGCCACCAUCUCAAUGUGGUCAAUCUUCUUGGGGCUUGUACCAAGCCAGGAGGACCACUCAUGGUGAUAGUAGAAUAUUGCAAGUUUGGAAACCUGUCGACUUACUUAAGGAGCAAAAGAGAUGAAUUUGUUGCCUACAAGACCAAAAGUUCACGGUUCCGACAGGGAAAGGACAACUAUGUGGGGGAAAUCCCUGUGGACCCCAAACGCCGGUUAGACAGCAUCACCAGUAGCCAGAGCUCGACAAGUUCAGGGUUUGUGGAGGAGAAAUCCCUCAGCGAUGUGGAGGAGGAGGAAGCUGCUGAAGACCUGUGCAAGAACGCUCUAACUUUGGAGCAUCUUAUCUGUUACAGCUUCCAGGUGGCCAAGGGCAUGGAGUUUUUGGCAUCCCGAAAAUGUAUCCACCGGGACUUAGCAGCUCGAAACAUCCUCUUGGCAGACAAAAACGUGGUCAAAAUCUGUGACUUUGGCUUAGCCCGGGACAUUUACAAAGAUCCAGAUUAUGUCAGGAAAGGAGAUGCUCGAUUGCCUUUGAAAUGGAUGGCUCCGGAAACCAUUUUUGAUAGAGUCUACACAAUUCAGAGUGACGUGUGGUCCUUUGGAAUUUUGCUCUGGGAAAUAUUUUCCUUAGGCGCCUCCCCAUAUCCUGGGGUAAAAAUCGAUGAGGACUUUUGCAGGAGACUGAAAGAAGGAACCCGAAUGAGGGCCCCUGAGUAUACUACCCCUGAAAUGUACCAAACCAUGCUAGAUUGUUGGCAUGGAGAGCCCAAGCAGAGACCCACAUUUUCAGAACUUGUGGAGCAUUUGGGGAAUUUGCUACAAGCCAGUGCUCAACAGGAUGGUAAAGACUACAUCGUCCUUCCUAUAUCAGAAUCGUUGAGCAUGGAAGAGGAUUCUGGACUCUCUUUGCCGACCUCACCUGUUUCCUGUAUGGAGGAAGAGGAAGUGUGUGAUCCUAAAUUCCAUUAUGACAACCCAGCAGGAAUUAGUCAGUAUCUGCAAAGCAGCAAGAGGAAAAGCCGAUCAGUGAGUGUAAAAACAUUCGAAGACAUCCCAUUGGAACCAGAAAUAAAAGUAAUCCCAGAUGGUUGGGAACAAGGGAACAACCUUCAUUUGAUCUGCUCACUUGGUCAUCCUUUCUUCCCUAGUGCACUAAUGCCCAGUAAAAGCAAAGAGUCUGUGACAUCUGAAGCUUCGAACCAGACCAGCGGUUACCAGUCAGGUUAUCAUUCUGAUGAUACAGACACCACUGUUUAUUUGAGUGAAGAGACAGAACUCUUAAAUCCUGGGGAAAGUGAGCCUCAGUCCUGCAGUGCACACACACUUCAACCUGACUCUUGGAUGCCGUUAAGCUCACCUCCGGUUUAAAGCCAAGGAGUUGCCUCCGUCCCUCCACAACUGGAAAGGUUUGUCCUGCAGAGACCCUGCUCAGAGAUUGAAUGCUUUUGUUUCCCUAUCAAGGAGACGGCACAUUUUUGAUCCUUGUACAAAAAAGAGGAGGACUUCAGUUACCGGGAAGCCAGUCGGACUGUAGUAAAUGGCAAAGAAGUUGGUGACUCAACAAUGAAUGUUUUGAAGGCACAUUGUCUACCUUAGCCUUAUCUUCUCUCUUCAUACAUUUCUUCAAAAAGCAUUUAUGAAGUCUCUGCUUUGUGAUCAGCUUUGGCCAAUGCAACUGAAGUAGAAGAAGUGGUCCCUGUCCUCAAGGAACUUGCAAAAUGACUUGGGGAAUCAAGAUACAUGUAUGACAUGACUGGGGAAUAAUUCAAGGCAUUACAAGAGCUAUAGAACUUUGGGAAAAUGAAAUGUUAUGGUGGAUUGCGCGUAGUCUAGGAAAGUUUUAUAGGAAAGAUGGGUCUCGAACUGAGCCUUGGGGAAGUGGAUGAUGAUAUUAAAUUGUUUCAAAUAGAUAUGGGAGCCCCUACAUGAAACUGAUUGACAAGAAGCUGGGAGGGAGAUUUACUACAAAUUUUACAACAAAUUUCAAGAUCUCAGAUGAGGGUAUUGUGAUUAGCGAGUGCAGGUUUUCUUCUAAACUGUGCUAAACGAGAAUCCCUUAUGCUGUUUCCGACUGUGCUAAAUGAGAGAUCCUUCUGGGUCUUUAUGUAGUUCCAGGCGGAAUUAACUCCAGGAAGGAAAAAAUAUGACUCUAGUUCCGUGUCUCCUAGAUUAAUCUUUUAUUCAGAAUACCACAAAGAAAGGGAAACUUUCAGGCUGAAGCUCCCAGAUAUUUAUAAGACUUCAGACCCAGAAUCCUUUGUACUCUUGUUGGUCUUUCCCUGGAAAAAGAGCACAUGUGGCUUUAUGAGAAGUGUUCUUGUUAAGGACCAAACACUAUUAGACUCGAGGCAGUACCAUGAAGGAAGAGAUUUGUUUUUCCAUUUCCCUCCAAUAUCUUAGUUCUUUGGCCACUUCUCCUCCAGGGACAAUGGACUUAGAUUUGUUCAUUGUUUGCCAAGCUUCCAAAUUAUGUUUUUGUAGCCAGAGUUCUAAUAGCAUCCACUGUACAUUUAAAUUUUUUAACAUAUGAAGCUAUUUCUACUGAAUUUCUGCCUUCUUAUUCCUUUUCUUAAAAAAAAAGAAAAGAAAAAGAAAAAUGUAUUUUUUUGUACUAUAGUGUGAAAUUCUGGGAACUAUGACUAUAAAACAUGAUAUGGCAAUACAGUAUUUAUAUAGCCUGUUUAUGUAGAAACAAAUGUAAUAUAUUAAAAUAUGUUCUAUAUAAGGAAUUUUGUACUAUUCAUGUUUUUAUAUCUGUGUUAUGCAGCAUGUCAAGGAGGACAAUGCUUUUUAGAAAUUGAUGUCAUUUUAUUAAAAAAAAGAUUGGUCCCUUUGCAAAG